AUGACGCACCACGGGGUUAACACUCAGCGCCCGAGAAUGACGACGGUGCCGCUGGAGCGUCCAAUCCCGAGCCCUAGGCGACGAAAUCGUCUAAAUGAGGGACUUCCACAGCCUACAGCAAAUUCGACACAUUUGCCGGCACAUAAUGUGACAUUUGCACCAGGGAUGGCACCACUGGGUGCGAAUUCACCUCAGCAUUCACACAGUGAGCACUGUGUGCUAUCUGGAAUGGGUGGUGGACCACAUUAUCAACCUGCGAUAUAUGGGAGAGUGUCGAAAUGGAACUUGAAGUUCUCCGGGUUAGGUAGCGCGCGCGUUGAAUCGUUUUUAAAUCGGUUGGAUGAAUGUUUGACGACGUGUGGUCAAAGUUUUGAGCGACAAGCUAGAUAUUAUAAUCGUCAUCACCGAGAUGAACGAAUUGCGGUAGGAGACGUCGUAAGGGUGCGACAGCACACGCUGUCACGCGGAGUUGAUCGUUUUUCGUCGAAGCUGGCGCGUAAAUACUCGCAGGAGACGUAUGUAGUUUCAAAAGUUAUUUCGCCGGUCGUUUAUAAAUUAGUGAGCGAGAAUAAUCGUCCAGCGGGACGAAAACAUGUUAAAACAUUGCGUUUAGUAGAACGUGCGCUCGAGAACGACGAUAUCGACGAAUAA